GAUGUGCUCAUAUUCCUUAUAACACUGAUAACACCGAAGUAGUAACUACUAACUAGUAAGUCAUAUUCAGUCAACACGUGUUUCAGACAUCAGUGUUUGUACUUGCGUUUAUGUGAACUGUUAUCCAAUGAUUAAACCAUGACGAGUUUUAUUCCAUGUGUGAAAUGGGUGAAACAAGGUGUAUCGUUACAUCAAAAUACGAUAAAAUUAUCUCAACAAGAAUUAAAAGAACUAACAGAAACCAAACCCAAAGAAAAAGAGCGAAGCAAGAGCGACAGAAAAGACUACGGUUUAGAAAAUUAUGACGAAGAAGAAAUGGAUAUGUCUGGAGCCAUGUCCAUUGGUGGUUUGGCUGUAUAUAAUAAUAACGAUUUUAAUGAAUCCGAUACUGACAGUGACAAGCUCGAUGAAAUACUCAAACCCGAUGACAAUCUUGUAUUAGUGGGCAAUGUUAAAAAAAAUGAGUGCUCGCUAGAAGUUUAUGUUUAUAAUGGCAAUGACAAAGAUUUUUACAUUCAUCACGACAUUAUUUUGAAGCACCCACCUUUAUGCUUGGAGUGGUUUGGUUCAAUUGGAAAUUUUUGUGCAUUGGGAUCCAUGUCUGCCAUGAUAGAAGUAUGGGAUUUAGAUUUAAUUGGAUGUUUGGAACCCACGUACAGAUUGGGUAGAAAAAAGAAAAAAAAUCCUGAAAGAAACUAUGGUCAUACUGAUGCUAUCUUAGAUAUAUCAUGGAAUGAACAUCUACCUCAUAUACUUGCCAGUGGUUCAGUAGAUGAGACUACCUUACUUUGGGAUCUAGAAACAAGUGAACCUCACACAAGAAUGGAAAAUUUUGGAGAUCACGUUCAAUCACUUAAAUGGCAUCCAUUUGAAUCACAGACGCUUGCAGUUGGGUCUUCAGAUUUUUAUGUUUAUGAUUGUCGCACUUAUGAUACAUAUAAAAAUUGGGAUGUUAAAGGUAAAGUAGAAAAAGUUCAUUGGGAUCCAUCCAAUGGAUUCUUGUGUUACAUUGGUACUGAUAGAGGUCAACUCAUUUGCUAUGAUUGUCGAGCUGAUAAACCGCUAUGGAAGUAUAAAGGUCAUGAGAAUGAAGUUACUGGAAUUUAUGUCUGGGAGAAAUUUAUUGUUAGCUCUUCAACAGACGAAACCUUAAAAGUGUGGGAUAGAGAGAAUAAACACUUAAUUAAAAUUAGAGAAUUUUCUGGUGCUUUGCAUAGUUUAGAUGGAAGUACGGAUAACCCAUCUUUAGUGGCUGUUGGUGGAAGUGGUACAUCUAAGUUUCAAUUAUUUGAUAUUAAUGAUUUUAGUUUAAAAACAUGUUAAUUUUAAUAAACUACAACUUUUUUUUAAA